UUUUUCUUGUAGGUUUCUGCAUUUGAAACCAGUCAAAUUUGAGUACUAAUUUUCUUCUAAGUACACAUAUUUGCCAUACUUAUUAGAUCUAUCUCUGAUCUGCAUCUUGUCUAAAGUCACAAUGCAACGUGCUGUUCCUAUUGCAAAAAAUUUUGCCUCAGAAUACAAGGUUUCUGUCAUUGGCGAUUCACUGGUAAAACUUUUACCAAACCACCAUGGGUCAGAAGUACUUAGCUUUCCUGGUCGUUGUGUCACAGAAAUUAUGCACACAGUGCAAUUUUCGAAAGUGGCCACGGAGAGCGAUGUGCUUGUUAUCCAUGGUGGUGCAAAUGACAUAUCUAAUUUUAAAGAUCCUCAAUACAUAGUUGAUGACAUCUUGGCUAUGGCCUCGAAGGCAAAAUUCUUGAACCCCAAUGUAAAGAUCUUCAUCUCAGGGCAAUUGCCCCGUGGUGAAGAUCUUUAUGGUGGGGUCAAGCCAAGAGAGGUCAGGUGUCAAAAUGACAUUUCAAAAACAGUCAAUUUGGAAUGCAGUACUAAAUCAGAGUUUAUUUAUCUGGACCACUACUUUAAAUUUUUGGACCAAAAUUCGAACAUCUUGCCAAAUCUCUUUGCCCGUGAUGGCCACCAUUUACUUCCUGAAGGGUCUGAUGUCCUUUACUCAUCCAUCAUUUACCAGCUAACAUUCCAUUUGACUAGGUCCCGUCAAACACUUAAAUCCAGACCCAUAGCAUUAUCAUCUCCGCCUAACUUAGAAAGUGUUGAAGAUUUUCCAGCCCUUCCUGCUCCCAUCUUGCCCACUCAUCUUCACUUUACAACCCCUGUCAAUACUUCAUACAAACCAAAGGUAACCAACAAAAAGGUCCAGAUGAAUAAAUUGAAAUCUACAACUCAAAGGUCUAAAACAAAGUAUAGGUACAACAUUCACAAAACCAACAUUUCAACAUCAUCCACUUCUAUCACUGAAUCCAACACAUCAUAUUUCACAGAACGUGAGUGCCUUCAUGCAACAUGCAAAUGGUCUGAGUGUAGGGCAGAGAGUCACAUCAUCUCAACAUCAAAUCCAUUUGCUAUUCUGACAGAAUCACCUACACCAGACACAUACAUAUCUCAUAGAAGUAAUAGAUCCAGAGGGGCUAGACGUAAUCAAACUCAUAAAAGAAAAUCCAAACCUUCAAGAAGACAUAAACACAAAAAAUCAUGUGCACCCUCUGAACCUAGCACCACUGGCACUGAUAUUUCACCAAACACCACUCGCACUGACAUUUCACCAAACACCACUGGCACUGACAUUUCAACAAACACCACUGGCACUGACAUUUCACCAAACACCUCUGGCACUCACGUUUCAACAAACACCACUUGCACUGUCAUUUCACCAAACACCACUGGCACUGACAUUCCAUCAAACACCACUGGCACUGACAUUUCACCAAACACCACUGGCAAUGACAUUCCAUCAAACACAACUGGCACGGACAUUUCACCAAACACCACUGGCACUGACAUUUUACCAAACACCACUGGCACUGACAUUUCACCAAACACCACUGGCACUGACAUUCCAUCAGACACUACUGGCACUGGUAUUUCACCAAACCCCACUGGCACUGACACUUUUCCAUUUAGAGUAAAAGUAGGACUUAUGUGCAUUGAUUUAUCAUUAUCUAAAAAUACAUAUUUUGCCAGAGAUUUGAUUUCUCUUAUAAAAGAUUAUAUUUUUCUAAACACUGAUUGUCGGGAUUUUGAUUUAACAAAAAUGGCUUAUUUAAGGGUCGAAUGGGGUAAAUGCUUUAGA